AUGUUGGGGCUCUGGAGGACCUUCAGCAGUGUGUCCCUCUACCUCACCCUGGCCGUGGGCCUCGCAGGGCUGCUGGGCAGCGGGCUGGUCCUCCGGCACCUCGGCCUCCAGCGGACUGCCAGGUGGGCCUCUCCAGGGCGCAGGCCGCCCCCGCCCCGGGACAGCCUCUACUGUGCCGUCACCUUCGUGGGCUUCCCCGUGGGGCUGCGGCCGGGCGAGCGCUGCGGCUCUCACCCCUUCGCGACCUGCUACCAGGGCCGCCGGCCCAGACCCACCUCGGCGCCCGGCGGCCUGAUCUGGGCCCUGAGGCCGCCGGCCCACGCCUGUGGCCGCUCACCCGCGCGGCACCACGCGGCCGGCGUCACGUGGCUGCCGCCCGUGGCCGGCGUGGCCCCCGUGGCCCUCUUCAGCGGGUGGGCAGCUACCACGGCGCCGCCGCCCCAGUUCUUCGGCGUCCCUCCGGGCUCCGUGCCGCUGCUCCUCUGCUAGCCCGUCCUCACCUUCCUGCUGCCCGCCCUCCUCCCGCGGGCCACGCUGCUGGCCUGCGUCCCCGGCAGCGCCAAGCCCCUCGCCCACUUCAGGGCGGGCCGCUCUCCAGAGGUCCCGGGGAGGAGGCCCGGCUGGAGGCCUACAAAGCUCCUGUAG